CACACACACACACACACACACACACAAAGACAAGGAGGAGUACAGACUUAGUUAGCUUACUCUGCUGAGGAGCGUCUGUCUACAUGCUGAUGUUGUUCCCGUGACGACCUCCAAAGUCAAAGGAAACAUCUCAGUCAGCACACACACACACACAGGAAACGGCCUUGUGUGUGUGUGUGUGUGUGUGUGCUUCUGACUGACGUCUGAGAACAUGACAGCAUAAACACACGCUGCGGGUCAAGAAGGGUCAAAGGUCAAAGGUCAGGUGUAACUCAUCAACAUGCUGCAGCAGAUUUUAAAGGACAUGUACAUCGACCCUGACGUGCUGAACGCUCUCAACGACGACCAGAAGAAGACUCUGUUCCUGAAGAUGCGGCAGGAGCAGGUUCGACGCUGGAAGGAGCGCGAGGAGAAGCUGCAGGAGGAGCACGAGGAGAACAAGACAACAAAGCCAAAAAGAGCCAACAGUAAGAGUGUGAGCUGGCUGCUCGGCCGGGACGGAGACGUUUCAGUCCUUGUGAUCGGGGACGUGGACGAGCUGACCUCCAAGUUCAUCUGCUCGGGAUUUGGAGAAAAUAAGGCUCAGAGUCACCAGAGCAACUCAUACCUUCAGACGAUCUUGAAGAGCAGGAAAAGCACAGAAGCCGUCAAAAGUGAGAGAGAGAACGUCGUCUGCACAACCCGACCUGGAAUCUCUGUGAAUGUCAAGGAGAAACAUGAGGCGACAAACACGUCACUCCCUCUGCUGGUGUCAGUGAGUGAGCGCUCAUCACCCUCAGCAGCACACCAGCGCGAGUUGAAGUCCCAGCUCUCCAUCUGCUCCAGUUCCCCCGAGAGAGUUAGUCCUGUCGACACGAGACCUGGCCUCGCAGAUAUGAGGCAGUCUGCUCCCUCUGUCCCAUCACACUGUGGAACAACAGCAGCCACCAGCAGCAACAUGUGCUCAAAGGAACCUCAGCAGUCCCAGGAAUCACAUGGUGAGUGAACACGACAUCAUAACUAACAAUUC